AUGACUGUUACCAUCAGCGACGACAAGCCCACGACGCUCAUCAUCCUUGGCGGCGGACAGCGCGGUGUCAUCUACGCAAACUACGCGCUGCUGCACCCGGACAAGGCGCGGGUCGUGGCCGUCGCGGACCCGCGGGAGGUACGGCGCAAGAUAUUCGCCAGGUCGCACCGGCUCACGCCCGACCAGCUGUUUUCAGACUGGACGCAGGUCGCCGCCCGGCCCAAGUUUGCCGACGCGGUGAUCGUCGCUGUCCUUGACCAGAUGCAUUCGCCCGUCGUCGCGGCGUUUGCGCAGCUGGGGUACCACAUCCUGUGCGAAAAGCCCAUGGCGACGAGCGUCGCCGACUGCGUGCGCAUGGUGCGCCAGGUGUCUGCCGCGGGCGUCAUCUUCACCGUUGGCCAUGUGCUCCGGUACUCCAACUAUUCGCGGCUCGUCAAGCAGGUGAUCGACUCGGGCGCACUCGGCGACAUUAUCAACAUCCAGCACAUGAACCCCGUGGGCAACGAGCAUUUCGCACACAGCUACGUCCGUGGGAACUGGGGACGCGAGGCCACAAGCUCGUUUUCCCUCCUGACAAAGUGCUGCCACGACCUCGACGUGCUCUCGUUCUACCUCUCUGGCCUGCCUGUCAGGCGCGUGUCGUCGUUUGGCUCACUGGCGCACUUCAACCAGAAGAACAAGCCGGCCGCAGCGGGCGCCGCCACCCGAUGCCUCCAGUGUCCGGCCCAGGACGAGUGUGUGUGGAGCGCCAAGAAGAUCUACCUCGACGCAUUCGACCCGGCCACGGCGUCGGGCCGUCGUCUGAACUGGUCUAAAAAGGUCAUGCACGAUGCCGACGUGACGUAUCCCAACGUCCAGGCGCGGCUCGAGUCGGGCCCCUACGGCCGGUGCGUGUACGAGGCCGACAAUGACGUGGUGGACCACCAGGUCGUGCUGCUCGAGUACGCCGGCGGCGUGACGGCCACCAUGACCAUGAGCGCGUUCAGCGAGGCCAAGUGCGACCGCCGCACCGUCAUACAGGGGACAAAGGGCGAGCUGGACGGCGACGCAUUGACCUUUACCGUGUUCGACUUUGCCACGCGCAACAAGCGCACAUACUACCCGCCCAAGCCCGAGGACGGGCACUGUCGGCGCGACCAGGGCCUGGCGUCGACGUUCUGCCGCGCCAUCACGCAGCUCGACCAGACGUGCUUGGGCGUCACGCCCGAGGACAUUCUCGACUCGCACUUGCUGGUCUUUGCAGCGGAACAGGCGCGGCUCGAGGGCCGGAUUGUGGAUUUCGACCAGUUCAAGGCCGGGGUGGUGGCCAACGAGAAGGCCGGGGCCGGGGCCGGGGCUGAUCAGCCCUUGUCGCUGAGCUGGUAG